AGUUGAGCUAUCUGUAGGUAGAUGAACUUCUCCCUCACGACCGAUCAUCAUCUUCACGAGGCACCAAAGCCGAUCAUCAUCAGGCUCUGGAACUGGUAGACCGAUGAGGAAACCAGCUUUCCUGCACAAUUAUGUCGGCUGAGUUGGUUCUGGUUGUUUAACAGUUCUUUUCCCAGUUUCGCUGAUUUUCAAGUGAGUGGAACACUACAGAUUUUUAAUUUGCACACGACACGCGGCAAGAUGUGCUAAAAGUUCCUGCCGCGUGUCAAAUAUUUGUCACACCACAAGAAAUUCUCGCCAAAGCAUGCACCCAAGGUCUCAUCAUCAUCACUACACCGCAAAUAAAUGUCGAGGUAUCAUCUUUCUUCAAAUCUAUCGCCACACCCUGCCCAGGUCAUCAACCUGUGAGAAGCAACAAUUUCGGCCCAAAAAUUUAUAUCAAGAGUGAUGUAGUGAUAGGCCCCCGUUGCUCUAUUAUAUCCAAAUACUGAAAGCAACUACUAACUUCGAGUCGCUUUUUGAAACUGCGAUCAUUUCCAAAAUGAAAACAACGAACAACAGGUGUAGAAAAUUGUAAGGUCUAGUACUACUUACUUCUUCAAAAGAACGCCGUAGCAACUCUACUCUAUUAAGCUUAAAAAGUGCUUGUACAGAAGCAACUAAUAGGUUCUCUCCGUUUUCAAAGGAAACAAGAAGUAGCAACAAGUAGUUCUAGAUUGACUCUGUAGUCUAGAUUUAUUUCAUUUGUUGAAGCGGACGAUUUGUGUUGACACAAAACCAAAAGUAAAAAUGCCAAUUUCCCGCGAGCACAUCGAGAAGAUGCUUGCGGCUAAGAAGAAGAAGCAGGAGGAGAAAGCCGCAAAGAAGGCGGCCAACCUCGCACGGCUAGCGGCGGGCCGUGAGAAGGCGCGGCAAAACCGCGAGGCCGCCAGGCUAGCGGCGCAGGAGGGCAGCUAA